AUGCAUCCGCCCAUGCACCAGCCCCUCGCACAACAGCAGCAGCACCACCAGAACCACCACCAGCCGCAGCACCAGCGUCAACCGGUCAUGCUCGGCCUGACUCAGGUCCCGUCUGAUGUCGCUUCGCGCUUGGGAUCCGUGCUUACUGUGUCGUCCGCAGAUGCCCCGUCGGUCUCCACCGAUGAUCCUAGAGAGAGGAAGAAGAGGAAGCGCAUGGCCGGCGCCGCUACCACCAUGGCCUGCGUUAUGUUUAUGUGGGGUGCAUUUGUUGGUACCCCAGGCUUGCUGAAGGGCUCCGCGUCGUAUCGCUCGGACGGUAAUUUGCCCGCUGUUUGGACCUCAACCCCGACGGACACCGCCGUGGCUCGCGUCAUGCCCAAUCGUCGCCCUCACUCUGCUGAACCCGACCACUCGUGGCAGCCCAAUUGUAUGAGGGUCCUGGAGCAGUUGCCGCAUGGCAAGGAGGAUUUGGAACCCUCCACCAAGGAUGAGCCUAUCAUCGCCGACCCUGCCACCGACCUUGACACCCAGAGGCAAGAGCCCCGCGAGGACAAGGACAUCGACACCGAGGCCAACAAAAUGUUUGUCGACAUGGCCGACGAGAACGCCGCCAGCGUUGUCGCCCGUGCCGACGACACCGAGGCUGUCAUCCCAGAGUACUCGUACGUCCUCAUCCGCGACGCCGUCGCCGCCAUGGACAGUAUCAAGUCGUGCCGCCAUCGCCUACGACAUGGAAACCAUUGCGGCCAGCCCCACUCCAUCUCCCUCAUCCUCCCGGCCUCCGCCGCGGGGCUCGAGGAGGAUGUCAAUGACACUCAACGCGGCUCUAUUCAGCUCGCAGAGGUUCAAUGCACUGUCAUGUCGGUCGCUAGAAUACCCUCCAACGCUGCUACCGUCAACAAGGCCACGCCUGGAAAUUCCAACUACGGAAAGGUCAUUGCUACUGCGGGCGUACGGCACGCAAAGUCAGCAUGAGCCCUGCCUCUUGUUCUGCCAAUCGUUGGUUGUUCUCUUUUUGGUGUGGACUGUAUGGUGUGUGUUUGAGUGUUUGGUGGCGAGGUGGGGAUGGGGAAAGGAAGUGGGGGAGUCGGUCGUUCACGUUAGCGUUAACAGACGUCCGCCUUGUUUGUACAUAUUUUAUAUCAUUGAAAAUAAAACUUGGUCUUUGUGUCA